UUCGCGCUUGAUCGGGACAAAAUACAUACUGAAAAGACAAACUUAAACGUGUGAGCCUUUUUCUUUUUUUCCUAUACCUUUACGCAUCGUUUCAUUUACUGAUUAUCACUGACUGCUGCGGAUCAUGCCGUAAAUCGUCAUGUCGUUCGCUGCCAAAUCAACUCUUGCCGCUUCUAUCACCUUCACUUCAUCAGUUAUUGGAUACGUUCACUACGACCAAAAAAGAAACAAAGAGAGACUGCAAGAAGGUUUGUUGGAAGACAAACUGCGACAAGAAGAGGGAAUAAAAAGACGAGAACAAAAUAGACUUGAAUUAGAAGAACAACAGAAACUGACAUCUUAUCUAAUGGAAAAGCGGGAAAUAGAAGAUGCUGAGAAAGACAACAAGAGUAAUUCUUAAUCAUAGCAAUGCACAAUGGCAUAAUUUAUUUCCGAUUAGACACAGAAGAUUAUCAGUGCUGUUUUUUGGCAGUGAUGUGUUUUCUAAGGCAUGUCUAAAAGCACUUUACAAUAACUCAAAACUGUCAGCUGAAUCUGGUAAAGCUGUGGAUAAACUAGGGGUUGUCUGCUUACCUGAGAAGCAGAGCAAAUUACCUGUUAAAAUAUUUGCGGACAAAGAAAAAAUUCCUAUAUUUACAUAUCCAGAGUUUCCGAGAGACUGCAAGUACGAUAUUGGUGUAGUUGUAUCAUUCGGGAAAUUAUUACCUAAGAAAGUCAUCAAGUCUUACAAAUUUGGAAUGAUAAAUGUACAUGGAAGUAUAUUACCAAAAUGGAGAGGUGCUUCACCAUUAGCACACACUAUAAUGAAUGGUGAUAAAAAUGCUGGAAUCACUGUCAUGGAGAUUAAGUCUGGCAAGUUUGACCAUGGACGUGUAUUAGCACAGAGUGAAGUAAUAAAAGUGAAACAAGAGUGGACUUCAGAAGAUCUUGGAAUUGCUCUGGAAGAUAUUGCAUCAAAAUGCUUACUCAAAUGUCUUGGAAAUAUUGAAUUGUAUUUGGAAAAUGCCAAAGAGCAAACUGGCGAUAUCUCAUAUGCACCUAAAAUAACUACUGGACAUUCCAAUAUUUCGUGGGAGGCACAAACUGCAGAAGAAAUUUAUAGGAAGUAUAAGGCAUUUGGAUUUAAAAAAGACUUUGUAUUACGGACGAAUUACCAAGAAAAAGGGGUUAAAUUACAAAAAAUGACAAGACUAGACAUGGAAGAAAUUCCUCAAGGCUUGGUUGAAAAAACUAUACCGGGAGAUGUUCAUUUUGACAAGAAAUCCAAAACAAUUUAUGUAAGAUGUAAGGAUACAUUUGUGGGAAUAACAAAAUUAGUUUAUGGUAAGCCAUUAGCAGCUCAAGAUUUUUAUAAUGGAUCAAUGCAAGAAAGGAUAAAACAGGGCGAAAAAAUCAGGUUUGAAUGAAUUGUCAAACUAAAACUUGCAAAAAAAUCUUCCUUAAUCUUACAGUGAAUUGUUAACAAACCAUAACAGGUUAAAAAUUUAUUCAAUUGUACAAUAAUAUUAGACAGAUGUAAACACAAUAAAAUAAACACAAAACUAGUUUCUUU